GUCUGCAUCACAGACUGCUACUGACUUCAGAGACCACCUGAACAACACUGAAGAAUUAAAAAAGCAAACAAGAAAAAACCCACAACUCUUUAGAAGCUUCUUCGAGAAGACAGUUCUCAAACUCUAGGGACUCGUAUAGUCUGAGAAUUACAGAUAAUCCGCCGCUGACCAGCAGAGUGAAGCAAUGCACAAACCCACCACCAGCUUCUGUGUCUGACAGACCAGCAGCUCACUCGUGUUUGCAGUAUCCUUUUGAAUUUCUAGAUAAAAUGAGAAGAGUUCUGCUUCUGUUCUGUCUUUCAGUGAGUACUUUUUAUCACUGCUGCAUUCAAAAGGAGUUCAUAUCUGCACAGUGUCUUUAGGAAGUCUCCUCAAAGAAGCAGCAAUAUCAGUGUUUUGACGAACUCAAUGGAAAUGCACUGCUUGGUAGCCAACAAUGAUAAGUAUAAGUUUUGGGUUGGUUUGUGUUGUCUUCUGCAUUCUGGUUUGGUUUGUAUUUUGCUUUUGUUGCUGUUGCUUUGUUUUUCCAGGACUUCCACUGGAUGUAUCAGUACAAUAAACAAGACAGCCUUUCUCAAAUGCAGUAGAAGAUCAUGUAGGAAAAGAAUGAAUUCAGAGUGUCAGAAAUGUCUCUUCAUAGAAGUAAUUAACACUGUCAAAAUCUUUCCAGAAAAGCAAAAUGAGAACUGUUUUAGAUGCUUUAGACACCAGCUAAGAAUAUCUAAUACCAGAAUGACACAAAAUCUGUAUCUUUGUUCUCAGAAGACUUUAUUCAUCAUUUGAUGAAUUAAUUGAACUGCCACAUUCUGUAUGUUAUUAUAUAUGUAUCUUUUUAGCAAUAGAUUUCCUGCUCAAGGGAAAGGGGGACGCAUAUAUAUAUUCGUCUCAGGUUUAAUAGAAAAUACAAUUGAUUCAGCAGUGAAAAAUAUGUCCAUUGAGACUGAAAAAUAAUACAGGAAAUACUAUCCACCAUCAUCUAGAACAGCAACAAAAGACAGCACUUAAAACUCUAUCAAGACAGGAAUUGAAAGAAAAAAAAAGACAACUGUUACAACAAUACAAUGUAUCUUUUAUUUUACUUUUUGAAAAAUAAACAAACCAAAAAUAUUAAUUGCUUCUCACUGUAAAAUAAAUACUGGUUAUAGUGGACACAGUACUGCAAAGAAGUUGAUAAAUGCAAUAUUGUCCUUAGAGAGAUUUUGAUAGAGUAUACUAGCCUGAACAACCAGAAACCUGAAGUUGUUCAUGUGACAGAUCUGUGUGUGUGUGAAUAGCAACCAACUCUUUAAAAUUAUCCUAGCAAGGUUUGCCUUGGUUUAUCUGUUUAAAUUCCUGCCUGCUUAAUGCAUCAGAUUAUUCUGCUAAGCCUUUGAGCACGUCAUAAAAACAGAUCACUUCCUUUUUAAAAAUCUCUUUCAGAGCAACAAGAGAAAUAAUGUUUCGAUUAAAAAUAGAAGGCAAUUGUCGUAGGGAAAGAAAUAUCUGCAAAUUUUCACUUAUAAAUGGUUUAAAAUGAGCUAGAUUUCAAGCUUGCUGGGAUUUCAUAUGAUUUCAGUGUACUCUAAGAGGAAGAGGGUCCUUGUUCUGAAGAAUACUUCUUUCAAGCAGUAGUUUAAACAGCUGGGUUGGUACUUCUUGCAGCAUUUAAAACCUGUUAAAGAUUAAAGGGAGGAAAGAAAAAUAUGCCUGUACAUUUGUGCCAAGUCAACAAGACCUUGGAGAAGGCACUGCCACUGCUUUCCCUGAGGCCUCUGUACCAAAGGUAUUCAGUGCCCUUGGAUGUGUUUCAUCAGAACACAAGCAAUGAAACAGAACAAGGAUGGAGAGAAAAUGGGAUUACCGGGAAACAAGCGCAAUGUUAUGGCAGGCAGAGAACUGGAGUGGAAGGGACCAAGGAACUACUCAGUUUUAGACAAUGUGGAAGGAAGGUUUGUGGAUUCAACUAUAAAGCUUUCAGAGAAGAUGAAGCUGGAAUGUAUGUAUCCAAAAAAAGCUGUGAUAAUACAGACAUCCUGGAUGAAGCAUAAUGGAAGUCAUAAAGAAAAUGUUGCUGUCUUGCAUCCUAUCUAUGGCAUACAUAUUGAAGACAAAUACAGAGGAAGAAUAUAUUUUGAAAAUACUUCCAGGGAAGACCAAUCCUUAUCCUUCAAUAAGAGCACUUUGGAAGACGUUGGUCUUUACUGUUGCUCCAUUGUAACUUACCCAGAUGGAGUCUCUGAGAAGGUAAUAGAAGUUAUUCAUCCAGCAGAUGCAUUUGAAAUAUCUGAGAGACAAAAUAAUCCGGUGUUUGCCAAGCCAGGAGGAAGUGUCACUUUUAUUUGCCCUUAUGAUAUUGGAGGUUUGGUGCAGCAAGUGAAGUGGGAAAGGAUUAAAGCAGGUGGGACAGAUACCAUUGUCCUGUGUACCUCAGUAGGAGGGCGAAGCUUUGGUUCAGAUUUCAAAAACCGUGCACUGGUGGAUUGCUCUGGUCAGGCAAGCUCCACAGUUGUCAUUCAAAACAUCACAGCCUCUGACUACACAACGUACCGCUGCGUGGCUACUGGAAGAAAUAAAACCUUUGAGAUGAGUUUCACUGUCGUUGCAACUUGGGAUCACAAAUGGUUUAUUAUCUACAUAGCUGGAGGAACAUCUGCUGCUGUUUUACUGUUUGUUUUCCUACUCAUUUUCUGCAUCACCACUGCUUAUCGCAAAAAGAAGAAGAGGAAGAGGAUCACAGAGGCCUUAUUUAAUGCUUUGUAUUCUACUCAGGAUGAGCCUGGUAACAAUUAUGCAGAACACAAUUAUCAUACCACAUGGGACAUAGAAAGAAGAAAAGAAGAGUCAUCACUCAGGCCGGAGCAGGAGAUUUACGUGAACUGCAUAAACCUAAGAAAUAACAAUUAGCUUCCAUCUUGUGAAUGAAGUAACCCGACUUCAGGCCAUAUAUUUGCAUGUUGGACUAGAUUUGUUUUGCGUGGGUGAGCUUUAGAAGGUUAAUCUGGCUGUGCCAAGCAUGGCCCAGGCUGCCCUGGCCACACAGCACUGGUACCUGAGCCAGCCAGGGUGCAUCUGCAUUAUGAGACAGUCUGCAGCACUAAUGCACCCUUUGAUUCAUAUGUAUAAGUGAAGAUUAUUGGUAUUUCUAAAAUUUAAACAUUGUUACCCAGCAGGUGCACUUACAGGUAAUAAUUUUAGAACAACUAUGCAGAAUAAAGCAGUAUAUGUUUAAAUUACAUUCAUUUCAUUGGAGAAACAAAUGUCUGAGAUGUUUGUGUGGCAAGGUGAGAAAGAAAAUGUGCUCAAUGUUCUCUGUAUUCAUGACUUUCAAAUCUCAAAUUGAGAGCAUUAUAGAAUAAAAAAAUGCCCAUGAUUUUCCACACAGGAGGUGUUAUCACACUGUUGCGCAAACAGUAUUAUUCAGCUGGCAAAAGCAAAUGUAUCAGGGAUCCUUGAAGUUAGAUUUAAAAGCACAAAGAGAAGUGUGCUGUCUGACAGCGAUGUGGUUUACAUGCUUCUUGCCACUCAUGACAGCUAUUCCAGUGCUCACUAUUUGUGUUACAGAAUCAAAGCACAGCCCCCAGCCGACACGUACUCUCACAUGCAUGCACACAUAUUUUGCUUCUCUCUCUCUCCAAUGCUCAGGAGAAAACAAAACAUGAAGACUCUGUUACUGUCAAGUUAUAUUUAAUAAUAAUUUAUUAUAAGGUUUAGGUGCACAAAAAAUAAAUGAGGACGUGGAAGAUACAUGAAUAAAUGAUGCAAAGCAGAAAAAGCACAAUUGAGAACAUUUACCAAACAAUACACAUAUGUGUGUGGUUGUAUGUGUGCAUAUGUAUAUAUUGUGCUGAAAACUACAGAAUGAACCACACAGAAAUUGAACAAACAGACAAAAAAAAAUCAAACAAACAGAACUAGAAGGCAGACCUGAGAAUUAGGAUCUACACAUCUUUUGGCCUUUUACAAAUCUGCCAUAUUACUGAGGAUGGAAUCCCAGUAGAUGAAGAUGUUACAAUGAAAGCUGAUAAUUAUAUAUGUCUGCAUUCUACAAACCAUAUGCCUGGCCCACCAAUGCCUGAUUCCCCUUUUCUCUUGUAGCAUUAGUAAAAGUGUGACUGAAGAUGACUUUUGUUUUGGAAAGGUGCUGGGGGAAGGCAUCAUCAGUCUGCCUAUAAAACAGUUACUCGUUCAACUUGGCUGGCUAAGGAGCAUCAACAGCCUGACAGUGAAAAGCAGAAGAUAUGUGGCUUUCUCCAAUGAAAGCUUUCUUCACGUGCAAAGGAAAACAUGUCUAGGUUCUUGAGUGGACACAAGACUUCUUUGAACUAUUUGAGUGAUAAUAGUGUUGUACGGUUAUCCUACACUUCAGCUAAAAAUCUAAAAACAUAAACCAGAGUCCUUCAACCUAACAUUGAAGACUUAAAAUCUUUCACAAUGUCAAACACCGUUAGAAAACAUCUCAUUUUGGUUUUGUGUACUCCUGAACAAGGACACAUACACAUUACAAGGGAUAUAUUUUUCCUUUCACUUCUUGAAGGUGUUCAGAUAUAUAAAUGCUUGCAUGUGCAAUUGAUGAGGAUACACAGAACUGUACUAUUAAUAAGUUGGUUUAUUUCCUGAGUUAUCAUAUGUCAAAGCAGAUAAUUCUAAGUUGUGCACAGCAUUACAAGUAAAACCCUGUAGCAUUGGGUCGUUUCUUUGAUGAUUCCAUUUAUAUUAAAAUGCCAAAAUGAUGAUGUAAUGAAUUGGAUUACAUUGGAGAUCUCAGUUGGAAUCCUGAUACAGAAAUAUCCAUGAGCCGAGAAGUUGCUAUUGAUUUCACUGUUUGUAGAGACACUCAAAACACAUCCCUACUUCACUGAGGACAGAAAAGGGGGAGAGGUGGAGGUUAAGUAUCUGUGAUACCAGAUUGCUUUUAUUAUAUCUGGUAAUGCCCUUAUUUCUUGCUUCCCCUGGUGCUUUUAGCUUGUCUGAUUUUUUGUUUUGUUUUGUUUUGUUUUGUUUUGUAUUUUCCAAAAGAAUUGCUUAUUUUUGAGGAAGAAAAAAAGAAAAAUCUGUAGUGCACAUCUUUGCAGGUAUUUAAUCUAGUUUAAUUCAAAUUCCAUAAACAUAUUACUUCUAUCAAGAUAGUCCACAGGGAAAAUCACAUUACACAUAACAUAAUAAGAACAGUAUAUUUUUUUUCUCAUAAAGCAAACCCAAAACAACAGUUUCAUUUUUGUAUCAUUGUAAUAUCAGUGAACAGCAGCUGAACAUGAGACUGAUACAAAUAAAAACCAAAAAGUAAACAAUUAAUACCUCAUCAAUAUUCUCUGUGGUUUAAAAACAAGUAAGUUAUGCACAAGAAAAACCUCCAGAAGUGUCAUUAGAAAUGGGUUAUUAAAACUCUUUAAAUGCUUUAUGAGUCCAGGAGGAUGGCACCUAGCCAGAGCCUGUUUGCUGUGAAUGAGUAUGGAUUAUGUAAAUAGGCUGUCCUGUGCAAUCUAUUGUUUAUUUGUGUUUAAUUUCAAAAUUUCCCAUAGAUCUGCCUUUCUCUUUUGGAAACUGUUAUUAUUAUUAUUAUUUUUUUUUUUGGGGGGGGGGUGUAAAAUUGAUCAGCUGUAACUUUGAAAUUUCAUCUUGAACAGUUACUGUGCUAUUUAAUCCUGUAUUACUUGCUUAAAUAGUUAAAAGAGAGAAAAAAAUCAAGGAAGAAACAUGGCACGGCUAUGGAUAGCAGAUAGCUCAGAACACUAUCUCAACUGUCUUUUUUGUUGUUUUAAAGCCUUAGAAACGCUACUGAAAGGAAAUAAAGAUAAUAAAGCAUUUUUCCAUUAAA